ACAGAAGUCGUGAAGAAGAUUCUUUGGUAAUUGUGCAAACAUAAGCCGGAUUCGUGACCUUUCUGUUCUUCGGGACACCAGACUACAGAAAGACAUGGGAGAGACCAAAAACACAUCCCUUGACACCGUCGUGACAGGCUUCAUUCUCCUGGGCUUACCUCACCCCCCCAGUCUGAGGACCCUCCUCUUCCUGGUCUUCUUCAUCAUUUAUAUCCUGACUCAGCUGGGGAACCUGCUCAUUCUGCUCACCGUGUGGGCUGACCCAAAGCUCCACGCUCGCCCCAUGUACAUUCUUCUGGGCGUGCUCUCAUUCCUGGACAUGUGGCUCUCCUCAGUCAUUGUCCCUCGGCUAAUAUUGGAUUUUACUCCUGCCAGCAAGGCAAUGCCCUUUGGUGGCUGUGUGGCUCAACUGUAUUUCUUUCACUUCCUGGGCAGCACCCAGUGUUUCCUCUACACCUUGAUGGCCUACGACAGGUACCUGGCAAUAUGCCAGCCCCUGCGCUACCCCGUGCUCAUGAAUGGGAGGUUAUGCACCAUCCUCGUGGCUGGGGCUUGGGUGGCCGGCUCCAUCCAUGGGUCUCUCCAGGCCACCCUGACCUUCCGUCUGCCAUACUGUGGGCCCAACCAAGUGGAUUACUUUAUCUGUGACAUCCCUGCAGUAUUGAGACUGGCCUGUGCUGACACGACCGUCAAUGAGCUUGUGACCUUUGUGGACAUUGGGGUGGUGGCUGCCAGUUGCUUCAUGUUAAUUCUGCUCUCCUACACCUGCAUAGUCCGCGCCAUCCUCAAGAUACGCACUGCUGAUGGGCGGCGCCGAGCCUUCUCCACCUGCGGCUCCCACCUAACCGUGGUCACAGUCUACUAUGUCCCCUGCAUUUUCACCUACCUCAGGGCUGGCUCCAAGAGUCCCCUGGAUGGGGCAGUGGCUGUGUUUUACACUGUUGUCACUCCAUUACUGAACCCCCUCAUCUAUACCCUGAGGAACCAGGAAGUGAAGUCUGCUCUGAAGAGAAUAACAGCAGGUGGAAAGGCCACCAGAGAAAACAAGUAACUACAGGCCCAGGGACUUCCUGCCUCACCAUUGCUACCACACCUCUCAGCUUCUGCUGCGUGUGGCAAACGUUCCAUAAACUGCU